AUGGACUCUAAAAAUACCACUAAGAAGCUCCGAGACUGGUAUCAAGACCAGAGCCCGCUUACAGUGGACAUUGUAGGAGACUUUGCUGGCCAAGAGUUGUUCGCGAUUCAUGGCGAGUCACUCAUUCGCUACUGUUUGACGGAAGCGAAAGUCGAUCUUGAUGAAGGCUUUCAGCUUUUUCACGCCGUGCACGCCGUCGAAAAGGUACUGAGCGAGUUGAAACGGCGGGAUUGCAACUUCGAUGUUCUCUUCUUCAGAGAUCACGAGAAUAUUUGCGUUUCCCAACAGGCAGCUGGCUCGACCAAAGGUGCCAAAUACCGCCUAACUCGUCGAAUUCUUAUUCAGCACUUUAUCAAGUCAAAUGUUGAUUUUCGGAUUUUUGAAUUCGACUCCUUCAGAAGCAAUGAAUGCAAAAACUACUUGUCCGGCCACGGUGUGCAUUUCAUGCUAUGCGAUGACGGCAGAGCUGCCAACGUCGACCAGGCUACUCAACUGCAACACCUGAUAAGGGAAGUCAUGGAAAGUGGAAGGCACGUUGGAAUUAUUAAUUCUAUCGCCUGGAGAAGUUCAAAGGUGUUUAUGUUAUUAUUAAGUGGAAAGAAAAAUGCUCUGUGUGGCUCAUCUCUCCAGUUGCCAGAGAUUGAGGCCAAGGAGCCUUUAUUGCUUUCAAAAGCAGUGCUUCUACAAACAACUCAACAUUCUUUCAGCGAUACAAAUCUCCCCGGAAGAGACAAACAUGCUGUGGUUUUCUGUCGUGCCUACAUCGAGCAUUGCGCUUCUACAAACAAAAUCAUCGAAGCUGACUUGCAUCGAGUGGAAGCCUUCCUCCUCCAGGCCGCAACUCUGCGGCAUUGCUCUCUUCAGGAGAGGGCCUGCGUGGAAGUUUCUAAGGAUGAUGAAAUUGUGUCAAGUCAAGACCAUGAAUUUCUCCACAUGUUCUGCGCAGCAACCCAAGGUUUAAUGGAGAUGCCAUCCGAAUUGAAUGACCAGGAAGGUUGUGAGCUUUUUGACAUCGUCGAUGGACGAGUAUUUUUUUAUUUCCUCCGGGCGAUUAGAAGCGAAGGAGAGGUUCCCACCGAAAUUUUGGAGCAUGCCAAUGUUCUCUACAAUGAGACUUUCAGAGGACGGAACCCAGAACCCAAGGAACCCUUUGCUAUACUCAAGCCAUCCAAGGUCUCGCGCCCUCCACCAAAAGUUGGAAAGAACUUGACUGCACUGCCUUUCAGUCAUCCGGUCCUGGACACUUUUCUGAAAGAUGUCGAGAUCGGAGAGUCAGAAGAGACUCAAGAUCCUAAUGCAGAGCUUGUGUUCGAAGAUCUCAGACAUUGGCAUGCCUACAAACCUAUCACCCAACUCAAAAGCCGUGAGAGGUAUCCCAUUUGGGUUGAAAAGGCUCGACAAAAGAAAAUGCAGCUACGAAUGGCUGAAGUCUCUUCCUAUGCGGCAAGUCUUACUAGUAUAAUUGGCAAGACCUUCAAUCGAGAAACCAUUGUGGUCAGCUCACGGUCGAAGCAGAGCAUUAGUACUGCCAGCAAGAUUGCUCAACCUAAGCAUCACAAACAGAAACCCGGAAAAGGAGGCAAACAGAGUGCCAUUCUGGAAGCACAAAAACUAAUUGAUCAGAAAGCACAGGUAAAGCUAAUGGACAUCCUGAACCACUGGCGCGACAAGUACAACGAGUUUGAGAAGGUCAAUAGUCCAAUCGAUCGUUACCUCAAGGCUCUGGAUUUCCAAUCCAAAGGAUCUAGCGGUAACCACGAUGCUGUAAAGCCAGAGGUGCAGUUAUAUUUAUGCCAUGUCUUGAUGGAGAUAUGGACACAGGUGCGUAAGAAAGCUUGUGAGGAUUCACUUGAACCAGAUCCUCAAGGCACUAGCAGCGACUCCGUUGCCCAUUGCCACUCUCGAGACUUCUCGAAUACUCCCGUUCUUCAUCAGGCCAAUAACGCUAAAGUGGUCAAAAACACUCGACUUCUGCAACUUGAACAUGGCGGUCCCUACAUGGACAGACGGUUCGACUCUCAGCCGGAUGCUAGAGUGCAGUUUGAGCCUGAUGCCUGGCAACGUGAUGUUCUCGAUUGUAUCGAUGCGAACGAAAGCGUUUUGGUAGUAGCACCAACAUCGGCAGGCAAAACAUUCAUCUCUUUCUACGCAAUGAAGAAAGUACUUGAAGAGAGUGACGAUGGAGUUCUGGUCUACGUAGCGCCGACGAAAGCCUUGGUAAAUCAGAUUGCUGCGGAAAUCGAAGCACGAUUCUCUAAGUCGUACCGACAGCAAUCAGGCAAAUCGAUAUGGGCAGUUCACACCCGAGACUACCGCAUCAACAACCCAUCUCAGUGUCAGAUCUUAGUCACUGUGCCCCAUAUGCUGCAAAUCAUGUUACUGUCUCCCACGAAUGCAGUCGGCACAAAUGCAUGGUCUCGCCGAGUCAAGAGGAUAAUCUUCGACGAGGUCCAUUGCAUAGGACAGGCAGAUGAUGGUGUCGUAUGGGAACAGCUGUUAUUGCUCGCCCCCUGCCCUAUCAUUGCCCUUUCGGCCACGGUAGGCAAUCCUAACGAGCUCAAAGACUGGUUGGCAAUGUCGCAAGCACAAAAGGGUUAUGAUAUGAAGAUGGUCGUCCACGAGGAUUUUGCCUUCGAGGGCCUCUCGAACUCGGCGCAGCUUCCUGUCCCUGGCUUGGACGAAGGCGACAGCAUCAGUCACAACUUCAGCUUUGUGCAUCCAGUGGUCGCUCUAAAGGAUCGAUUUGUGUUGGGCGACGUAAGCCUCGAGGCACGAGAUUGUCUCACACUGUGGAAGCACAUGAGAAAGACAUUCGUUGCGACACUUUUGUCAGACACAGCAAAAUUAGAUCCCGUGAAUGUCUUGCCUGAGUGGAUCGAGAAGCAUCAUGUUACUAAAUGGGAGAGGGACCUCAAGGCUGUGCUUAGGGGAGCCAUGCAAAUGGAGAAUUCACCAUUUCCAGACCUACAAGAGAGCCUUCGGAAUUUGGAGUCUCCGGAUCAACCCGUUGUUACUCUUGAGCGACACGUUGAGAAACUCUUCCCUUUAGUCUGCGAUCUCCACAAACUAGAUGCUCUGCCGGCUCUCGUGUUCAACUACAACCGCUCACAAUGCGAACAAUGCGUCCGACACAUUCUACUCGAACUCCAAAAGGCAGAGCACAACUUCAAAGAAAGAGACAAUACAUGGCGGCAAAAACUCCAAAGAUUCGAGCAAUGGAAGAAGCAAAAGGAAGGUAUUCGUGUUCCUCGUCGAUCCGAGGCCCUCGACGACGAGGAAAAUCUUUCCAAGCUUGACCUAGCUCGUGAGGAAGAGAAUGAUGAGGGUAGUCGAUGGGAUAGCUUCGACCCGAAGGCACAUUUGGAUCAAUUCAGUUUUGCAGACAUGUCAAGGAUGCAACAGCGUGAUUUUGAUGAUAUGGUGAGCAGUCUCGCCAAGGAGGCAGUUGAUUCAUGGUUGAUCGAUGCUCUUCGUCGUGGGUUGGGUAUCCACCAUGCUGGUAUGAACCGGCGCUAUCGUCAGAUAUUCCAGUGUGGAAAUGCUAGUUCGCCGGGCUACCUCAGGGUAGUUGUCGCAACUGGGACGCUCGCACUUGGUAUCAAUAUGCCCUGCAAAACCGUUGUUUUCAGUGGUGAUUCUGUUUUCUUAUCGCCUCAGAACUAUCGACAGGCCUCUGGUCGUGCUGGGCGAAGAGGCUUUGACCUUUUGGGCAAUAUUGUUUUCAAUGGCAUUGCCCAAGAGCGAGUUCAUGAAAUCAUGUCCUCACGCCUACCGGCCCUGAGAGGCCAGUUUCCCAUUGCGACUACUCUGAUCCUCCGACUGCUUGUCCUUCUUGAUGGUACAGAUAGUUGCCCUUUCGCAGUCAAUGCAGUCAACGCCCUCUUGUCUCAAACUCGAUUGUAUCUCGGAGGACCAGAUGCCGAAAUGUCUGUCAAACAUCACCUGCGGUUCUCGAUCGAGUACUUGCGACGACAGAAUCUUUUAUCGGCAAAAGGUGCACCUGUGAACUUUGCCGGUUUAGUUGGCCACUUGUAUUUCACUGAGAAUGCCGUUUUUGCCUUUCACUCUUUGCUUCGUGGUGGAUAUUUUCACACAUUGUGUGCAGACAUCGAAAAUGCUCAGGAACGAGUCCUUCACCGAGAACUACCCUUGACCAAAGCGUUGGUUGAGUCCAAAAAGCCUUGCGACUCCUCAUCUAUGGGUAGAAACCCAGCCGUCAUUCGGUCACCGUUCGCAGCCUUGUCUGGAUUUGGCGAUGAUUUCACAACCAUCAAAGAGUUGUGCUCAGAUGUGCGAGGCGGGGUUUUCUUAGAAGAGUCUGCCGUAUCAUACAUCCCUAUCUGGCCUCACGACACUGAUACUGAAUUCAACGCUUAUCUCUACGACUUUUUCAAACAUGGUAGUUUGAAAGUACUCGUACGUGACAACCAUGUCAAACAAGGAGACGUCUGGUUUUACCUAAAGGAUUUUUCACUUGUGCUCAAGACCAUUGUGACCAGUCUAAAGGGUGUCAUGAGUGCUGAAGGAGACUAUGAUCCAGAUGAUUUUGGUGAGGAUGACACCUUCAUGGAGGAACCAGAAGAGGCCGAGACGCAGAAAUCAGAGGAGGUUGUCGAGAAGACUGCCAAGAAGUCCAAGGCCGUUAUUGCGGAUAGCUGGGAGGACGACAGUGACGAAGAGUCAGAGCCCGAGAACACCGGGUCGACUGCUGCCAAUACUACGUCACAGUCGAGCGUGGACAGAAAGGGUGGAUUAAUCUUGGUCCUAAAGGCAUUCAAGUUGUUGGAGGAAGAGUUCAGUAAGAAAUUCUACAAGAUCGGGGCCUAG